AUGACAUAUGAUGCGACAUGCCGCAACACAAGGCACAGAAUGGGAACUCAUGACUCUGUGCCAUAUAUUCCGGAAAUAGUUUGGUAUAGGGAGAGGUUACAACAUGAGGGAGAAAAUAUUGAAGAAGAGAAGAAGGAAGAGGAGAAAGAGGAUACAAAAGAGGGUGAAGACAACAAGGAUGAAGAGGAGAAAGAAAAGGAGAAAGAGGAGACAAAAGAGGGAGAAGACAAUGAAGAGAUGAAUGAAGAUAGAGAAGAAAAGGGAGUAAAUAGUGGACAAAAGAAGGAGCGAGAGAAUGAAGAAAGAGGGAGGGAAAAGAAGCAUAAGUCAGAAGAUGUAGUUAUCAGUGAAUUGAGGAGAUUUGAGAAGGCCAAGAAACCUUAUGCAUCAGGGAAGUCUCUAUAA